UGAAUGGGCCGUGGUCAAAAUGUACAAAAUUUCCGUCAUUCCUGCCUCCCUCUCUUGAGUCCGCGCCUCUACUUCUCGCCCGGCCAUUCCCCCCCUCCUUCGUUCGACCAACGGGCCACAGCACGUCUGGACUCUCGCGCUGCUGCUGGCCGUCCUUUCCUUUGGGUUCCCGCCUACUAAUAAUUUGAGUUGCUUGGGGCGUACGUACUUUGUCCCCGCGCCUCGCCUCGCACCCGCUGGCUGGCCUGCAGCCACCGCCGCCCGACGAGAUCGCCCUCUGCAGCCACGCGCGCGCCUGCGCUUUGUUUUGUGUGCUAUCGUCUUGCGCCGCUCUUUGAACGCUUCUGCCACUCGUUGCCUCGCUCGACGUGUCUCGCCGCCGCCUACAAGUCCAACGCUCUGAAUCCGCAUACCUGCGAUUGGCGGUGACGACCUCCACGACGGCCCCCCCCGCCUCCUUUGGCGGUUGUGUCACGGACUCCCGUCUCGAGUCCGUCGAGUUUUCUUGUUUCUCUCGUGUCUCUUCAAUACGUACCCUCCCUGCCAUUGUCUUCUUCAGGCACCUGCGCUGCAUUUCAGGUACGGAGCUGCGUGUCCCGCAUCUGCGGUAAUAACACAGCCGAGGAAGCGCGUUCUGGGGCGGCCGCCAGAGCAAGCCACCAAACAAAAACAGUUGCCCAGGGCAGGUCGGGUUUAUUUUCUCCUCUGCUCAACGGCCACCGACGUAAGGCAGCGGGCGCCAAUCGGGACUGGGAAACCUUGGCUUGGUGGCUGAUGGUCAACAAAUCGACCGUCGCGUCAACUAAGCUCCCCAAGGUACUAAGGUAGAUCAUUCCAAUCCAAACAGCGUGUCGACGCCUGCCCGCCCGCCGUACUCAGACAUCCCGCCACCAACCACUCACUCGCUCAGUGCCCCUGUGGCCCGCCUUUUCUCCCUCCGCGCGACACGCCUGCCCGCCGUCGACGGCGCGAUCCAGGCACCUUCGUUUCCUUCGCGACUUUAGCUGGAUUCUUUCUUUUCCUGGCCGGUUCUUUUUGCCCGCGUCGCCAGCAGCGGUUCCUUUUCAUCGCGCUGCGGUGGGCACAUUCUUCUUCUUCUUCACUUGUCCUGCACGAGGGCCCGCGCUUCCUCAGGUCGGCUCGCCUUUCUGCUUCCCCCUGCAGCCGCCUCCAGGGCCCCACGCAAGGGGUGCAACCGAUCGCCUUAUCGGCUGCUCGACCUCGAGAGCGCGACGUAGACGACGACGCUUCUACCCACCGUCGCCCUACCGAUUCAUCGCCUCCUCUUCCCGACCGCCGGCGUGCUGCACCAAAGCUGGGAAUCUGUUGCCCUCGUGGCCAUUGCAGACGGUCUUGCCUGAGGACCUAGUUCGUCAGGAUGACUUCGUCGCUGGCCUCGGAGGAGCGCCCCUCUCUCCCUGUUCCUGGAGAGGCCGCUGGGGACCCUUUUGUCGCCAACGCACCUGGCGCCGCUCACCAUCGAUUCUCCAGCUUCGACCAUGAGCUCUUCGCUUCCGGACCCGGGUCGUCUCCUACGCAGGCGAAACGCGCCCUCGAGGCUCAUCUCGCCGAGACGGACCGGCGCCUCGACGAAGCAGGCAAGCUAGGCACAGCUCUUGUCUCGCAGCGUAAGGCGCUGGCAGAGCGCCUACAAGAAGUAGAGAAACUGCAGAAAGAAGGCGAGCUCGAUCCGGAUCUGCGCAAAAAGCUCGUCGAGAUUGAACGCGAGUUUAAUGACCUGGCACGGGAGUCGGCCCGGGUCUUCCUGCCCAAGCAGAGGAUCCCUAGCAAUGAGGCCAAUCCAGGCUCUCCGUUCGUGCCAGAGCCGCGCAGCGGAAGGCGGUCUGUCAGUCCCUCCAAAUUCGAAAGCCGCGCCACUGGCUCGCCGACGAAGCUCAGCGUCCCGAAUCGCAAGCUCAGAAACCAGCCUUCAAACCGCGUACACGACAUAGAAUUCGCCGCAGAGAUCAGCACCUCGCUCAUCGCUCAAGUGCGCAGUUUGCAAACCUUGCUGUCAGAACGCGAGGAGGAGGUGAAGACUCUGCAGACAGACAGGACCAAGCUGGAGAUCGAAUCCGAGAGCCUGCAACAGCGUCUCAAGGCCCUAGACGAGAGCGAGCACCGCUACAAAGAGGAGAACUGGAACCUGGAGACACGUCUGCAAGAGCACUCGUCACUGCAACGGGAAGCGGCUGAUCGCGAAAAGAAGUUGACACAAGCUUUGGGCUUGUCCAACGCUGAGAAGAACGCUGCUCAGAAAGAGCUCGACGAGGUCAAGUCGUCCCACGCGAAACUGGCUGAGGAGCACGCGGCCGCCGUCAAGCACCAUGACAUUGAGCUCGGCACGGCAAAGCGCAACAUGGUCAUGGCUGAGGGCGAGCGCUCCGCAAUGCAGCGCAAGAUCGACGACCUAAUGAAUCAGAACCAGGAGCUCGCCAAGGCUUUCUCCCUUCAACGAGGAAGGGCUGCGGAGCGAGAACCGGCUUCGGGAUUGAGCGACGAGGAGUUCGACACCGCCGCCGAUAAUAUCACCCCUGAGCACUCGCCUCCUCCGUCCCCCAUCAAGGGCACGCCAAGACACGCCAUGCUCGAGACAGAGACAAUGAAAACUUCGCUGCAGCAUGCGCAACGAACGAUACAGAAUCAGCGGAGCCAACUGCAUCGCGAGAAGACUGAGAAGCUUGAACUCCGCCGCAUCAUCCAGGAUCUCCGCGACGAUCUUGAAAAGGCACGGAAUGAUUCUGGAAAUGCUGCCGGGUCGCGCAGGAGUCGCAAGGUGGACUCCAAGGAGUUCAAGAAGUCAAAUCGCCUUCUCGGCAGCUUCCGGUCCAGCCGCCAGGAAAUUGUCUCGGACGAUCCCGAGUGGGAGGACAACCCGGAAGUGUCUCCUGGCGGCGGACCUUCGGCGUCGACUGGUCCAAGCCAUGGCCGGCCUACUGCCAGUCGCACGGACACAAGCGAUCACUUCGAGACGGCUAAUGAGGCGAGCGAGUCUGCCUUUGAGACUGCAAACGAACGGGCUACCGAAACUGAGGAUUUCCAGACUGGGAAUGAAGCGUUCUCGGACAGCGAUGACGAUGCGGCGACCGAGACAGAAAGCCCAAGCCGAGGAUUUGGCCGGAUGAGACGCCCGCCAAGCUUGCCAGCUGGUCUCGUUCGUCAUAACAACCGGAACUCGUUCCACAGCACAGCAUCAACGUCGGCCGAUGAGGAUGAUGUCGCAGAAAUCAAGACGCCGACAACGAGGCUCUCAUCACAGAGGAGCCGCAUCCGUUUGACUCACGGAUCUCUUUCUCGAAGCUCCAGACAGACUAGCGAGGAGCCUAACCUUCGGAGUAGCCCUGCAAGCUUCGCCAGCAUGGGGGCUGCCGCUCAGCCUGGCCAGAGCCUCUUCGCAGAACUGCAAGACUUUGGGGGAAGCGAUGACGAUUCUCUUGUCGGAACACCCAUGACUCGUCGCAGUGCUCGAUCGGGUACACCGGGCUCCAUUCGGCGCACGUUGUCGCCCGCGCCGGCUGUGCCUGAGCUGCCGAAGGUCAUCAUGGUGGACAGUGGUGUAAUGACAGAUCCUGUUCGAAUCACCAGCGAGAUCUUCACGGAGGCGCUGCAGCGCCCCGUGUCCGUUCAGUCUGUCAUCAACGCGCCGCCUAGUCGGGCUUCUGGGGCUUGGGGCAACAACCGUGACCUGGACAACGACUUCUCCAGGCCAUUAUCUACCAUUUCCUACAGCGAUGCUGGGGCGCAAUACGAACAGGACAUUGCCGAAAAGCUUGCACAGUUCCCCGUGCCCCCUACGUCGCCGCCGCAAAUGCCGCCGACACCGCCCGCCCUUGGGCUCUCCACCAUUCACUCCGAAGCUGUCGAGCCGCGCGAGGAGCCUGUCAUACUUCCUACCCCGCCGUCUCUUCGCAUGUCCUCGCUUGCGAUGCAGCAGGUUCAGCCACAAGCUGAACCGGAGGUCCCGGCACCGGUUCUGUCGCUGUCAACUAUCGUUGCUCAAGGACUGUACCCCGUGGCAGAGCCUGAAUCCCCACCCCCUGCGCUGACAAUGGCACCAUUGCUCACAGAGGCUGUUGAACCGAUUGCUGUUUCGCCGCCUUCUCUUGCAUUCACGACCAUCACCGCUGAAGUAGUAGAACCGAGGGCCGAACCGGAACCCGUGGUGCUCCCACCUCCUCCAGCGCCGCAACCACCUGUUCUCAGCAUAUCUUCAAUCAUGGCGGAAAAUGUUGAGCCCAUUAGCGAGCCGGAAGUCGUCAACAUAGCGCCGCCUCUCGCCUUGUCGGCCAUCCAUGCGUUGGAGCUUCAGCCACGGGAGGAGCCCAUCGCAGUUCCUGUCCAGGCGCCGCUCUCUUUCUCGGGCAUCGCGACAGAGCAUGUUGAACCAGUGUCCGAGCCUCAACCCCCGCCUCCUACCUUGACAUUGUCGUCAAUCGUGGCAGAGCACAUGCAUCCGGUCAUGGAGCCACCUCCGGCCCAGCCUGCCCUGGCUCUUUCGGCCAUAUCCUCUGAGCACGUCGAACCGGUGCGGACUCCGCCGAUACUGCCAGCCUUGCCUAGCUUUGGCUUCUCUAGCAUCGAAGCGAUUGAGACACGUCCCUUAUCGCCACGCGGCCCCCGACGAGAUGGCUUCAUUCUACCUCGAGAUGAGGCUUGUCACUUCACCGAGACUGGAAUGCCGAAGACACCUCCAAGCGCCAAAAUGUACAGGGGUAUUGGUGGGCGCAAAAACAAUAACAACUCUCCCCUGAUUGCCGAGGAUGAUACGCGCCAGUCGCCAAGAGAGGUGCCUGAGGUUAGCACAACGCCUGAGUCUCAACGGCCGUUUAAGGAGAUCUCAAGCAACUCAGCCAGUCGAUCCUCGCGGAGAUCGCCCGUUAUGACUAGCGAUCAGGGUGCACAGACGGCCUUAACGGCUGGUGCGAUAGACAAGCUGCUCUUGGGUGGCCCACAGGAAGCAAGUAGACACGCCAAGCAGGCGUCUAUUGACUCUGUGGGGAGCCCGGAUACGACUGGGACAGUCCGGGUGUUUAGGUCACAGGAAAGCUUCGACAGCCUUGGUCGCUGGAACGCAAUCGAUGAUGGCACUCUCGAGGCGGUGCCUCCGUUCAGACCUGGCAGUGCUGCCAGCGGCAAGGCAUCGAUUCAAGAAGCGCCGCCCCUCCCGUCAAACCACCGCCAGCUCAUCGACGCAGCGCGCUCAGGCUCGUCUCGCGGUCACCCUGGCACAAUGGGACCCCCCUUGUUGCCAGCGUCGGCCAUGAAGCAACGGCCACAUACGCCAAGUAUGCAAAGACCACCGUCAGCGACCUCCGGCCGUGGCACUCCGACUCCGCGUGUGAUUCAUGCCGGCGCUGUUACAGGACAGGCUGGUAUCCAGUCGCCCACCAGACUCACAGCACGAUCCAGACAGUCCUCCGUGUCCUCUUUCGCUUCUGAGCUCGACACGCGAUUCAAUAUUAGGCCUGGUGAGAUAGGCAUGGACCCGACAGGUUUUAGCCCAAAUACGGAUCCUCGCAUGAUUCAAGCAAUCACGCAAACCAUGAUUGGCGAGUUCCUGUGGAAGUACACGCGGAAGACUAUCCGCGGUGAGAUGUCCGAGAACCGGCACAGGCGCUACUUCUGGGUCCAUCCCUACACUCGGACGCUGAACUGGAGCGAUCGAGAUCCGUCCACGGCCGGCCGCACGGAACUCAGAGCCAAGAGUGUUCCUAUCGAGGCGGUGAGAGUCGUGACCGACGACAACCCCAUGCCCCCUGGGUUGCACCGAAAGAGCCUGGUCAUUAUCUCGCCCGGCCGAACCAUCAAGUUCACUUGCACCACGGGUCAGCGACAUGAGACCUGGUUCAACGCGCUCUCUUAUCUGCUGCUCCGAACCGAUCAACAGGAUCAACCCGAGGUCGACGAGGCCGUCCAGAACAUCACUCGAGAAGACGUUGAGGAGUUUAAUCCUCAGAACGGGCAGCGAAGGAACAUUGGUACCCGUCCGCACGCGCCUGCCUCGCUUUCGUCGUACAACUCGCGUGGGUCGCGCAACGAGUCGCCCGCUCUCGGCGUGUCCAUGAACAUCCCGACUUUGACUCCAUCCACGCAUAGGCAAUCAACGACAUCAACAAAGACAUCCACGGGGACUUUGAGCAAAUUGAGUGGCUACUGGAAAAGCAGCGCACCCCGCCUGUCCGAUACCAUUUCGAGCCUUCGUGGUCGAGGCCCUGGCAACCAGAAUGCGAGCAUAUACGAGGCCAGCGAGGUUCACGACAGCGCGGAAGAUCUUCGCGAGAUAAUUGAGAGGCAGGAUAGGGAGGCCCAUCGUCUGGAGAAUGUCCGGGCAUGCUGCGAUGGCAAGCAUGAUGUCGGAACCUUGCAUCAUACAUCAAAGAAGGGCCGAGCGCACCAUUCUCACUCCCACCCAGCUUCUGCUACCAGCACGCCGAUGGCCUCGACACGCUCUCGAGCGUAACGUAUCAGUUCAAUGAAAGUGCCAACCGGGCAUUGAACGUUCCAUUCCCAACACUCGUUAGAACCUAUUCUGGCUUGGGCCUUUGACGACCUGUAUAAAAUCAUGGAAGUUUGACGACACUUGACGAUUUUAUCUCUCCACUGUUCGACACCCCCUUUCCUUGUCGCCCAACGGGCGCUUAAUCAAUCUACACCGACCGUGUACCAUCGUUUGGGAUCUUCCCAUAUCUUCUCCUAGGAUCUCUCAUCUUUGUCGUUUGACCUCCAAGCACCAACAGUUUGAAUCUUAUCGUUCUCGGGGUCCCUUGACCACAGUCGGGGUUCUUCCCAUUUGGGCGGCAAAACACCGACCUCCGGAGUUUGGAGGAAACAUAUUGCUCAGCCGGCGCAACAGGGCGAGACAGACUGUCGAUGAAUGUAUAGAGUGGUUCUUCUUUACCGCAUAUUCAAGUAGCGAUGGAGCAAAUUGCAUUGAUGACCGUAUGAGCUCUUUUGGAAGCACUCUGAGUGAUGGUUCUUUUGCCGAGUUAGCUGGAGUGGCUUCCGCCUUGAGUGUUCGUGCUUGGCGUGUUGCUCGAUUGAGCCGCAAUGAACG